UUCUUGCGGGUCGUUUCGUCUCCCCUCUUUUGAGUUUCGGAGUUGGACGAAAGGGUGUCGACGGAACAAGGAUCGAGAGAGGCGGAAGGCGAACGGCGGGACGAUGGCGCCGGUGCCGGCAAGCGUGGCAAGGCAGGCGGAGCUCCUGAAGCAAGACGGCAACAGCUACUUCAAGAAGGAACGCCUCGGCGCCGCCAUCGACGCCUACACCGAGGCUAUUACCUUGUGCCCUAAUGUGGCGGUUUAUUGGACGAACCGAGCGCUAUGCUACCGGAAGCGGAAUGAGUGGAAUAAGGUUGAAGAGGACUGUAAAAGAGCUCUUCAGCUGGAUAGUCAUUCGGUUAAGGCACACUAUAUGUUGGGGCUUGCGUUGUUGGAGUGGCAAGAUUUUGCUGGGGGAAUCAAGGAAUUGGAGAAGGCACUGGAACUUGGAAGGGGUGCAAAUCCUGCGAGCUACAUGGUCGAGGAGAUCUGGCAGAUUCUUGCCAAAGCAAAGUACAUGGAAUGGGAGGAUUCGUCUAGCAAGCGGGCAUCAAGACUACAGAAAUUGAAGGAAGCAUGUGAAAGAGCUCUUAUACAUUAUUAUGCAAUUGAGGAUUCUCAAGUGGAAAAUAUCUCUGAAGAAAUUGCAAAUGGACACUUGCAACAGUUGGGACAUCUUGAAGAGGUAUUUAACAAAGCUGCACAGGCUGACCAACCUACAGAGGUGCCUGAUUUCCUAUGCUGUAAAAUUACACUUGAUAUAUUCCGGGAUCCUGUGAUCACUCCAAGUGGCAUUACCUACGAGAGGGCUGUGCUUCUUGAUCAUCUUCAGAAGGUCUUUAUGGGCCCUGCGAAGUUAUGGGGAGGCUACUCCUUUGUCGGCAGACACGUAAGGGUGCUGCUGUGGGGAAGUUUGAUCCGGUAACAAGGGAGCCACUUGAUCCACACCAGUUGGCACCAAACCUUGCUAUCAAAGAAGCUGUUCAAGCAUUUCUAGAUGAACAUGGUUGGGCUUACAAGAUGAGCUGAUCCAAGAUGUUUUGCUCCAGCCAUUAAAAUUCGUCUGAUCAAAGAGAGUAGAGUAUGUUGUACACUCCGUAAUUAAUUUUGUUGUUCCCUUGGCUCUUCUAACCAUCAUGCAGGAAGCUCUGGAACAGUGUACAUAUAAAUCAUUUUAACUUCUUUUGUACAGUCUGAUUAGAGUUCUAUGUGAAUCUCAUCCCCCGGAAACUGUAUUCAUGCACAGCGACAGACAACUAAAGCUUUGGAUUUAUGAUGGAAGUGUUUGAUGACUUUAUGUUCAUAAUUUUUCUUCUCUC